AUGGCAGCUGACUCCACCAUGGGGUUUCACCAGGGGAUCACCGCCUCCCUAUACAACCAUCACAUGCUCUCGUUCCAGUCCAACAACGAUGUCGGCAUCGGCGGCGGCAACGACGCUACCGGUGGCAUGGUCAUGGCCCCGGGGAGUGUGAGUGGGGGCAGUGGCAACGCCAGGCUGUUCCUCUCCCCAAACACAGGGGUCGUCGACAACGCACCGGGGGUUGCCCCAUCAAGGAACUCGUCGGGGGAUGCGUUCCGUGGCACUGGGACGGCCAAGUAUAAGUAUGUCACUAGUUCUCCUUCCGAUUGGAGUGACUGUGAGGUAGACAUACUGAACGAAGGGCUUGUGAGGUUAAUUCAUUCCCCUAUUUGCUUCCUGAAUUGCUUUUGCCUGUACUGUACUUUUCUCUACUAUUGCACAUAUGGAACUUGGUUUGCUUUCUUUUCGCACCUUUAAUGUGUUCCAAGGUUGUGGAGCACCAAUUACGAACCUAAAGCAAUUAUUAUGCAACCGGACCUUUAAUGUGUUCCAAGGGUGCCAAGGAGAAUGCAAGGCUGGCGCUGAAGCUGCUAUUUAGAUUAAGGCAGGCGCUGACACGGCCGUGACUCUCAUGUUGUUUGAACUGUUACACUAAUAAUUCUUUGCUAAUUCUUAGA